UUUUUUAUUUUUUAUUUUUUUUUCUAGGUCUGAUGAUAAAAUAGAAUUUAAUUCGGUCAGAUAUGAUGAGUUUUGCAAAUUCUGCGUUGUAAUUGUUAAUAUAUAAAUUGAAAAGCAAUUCAUUAGGUCUGUAUAUUUUAUGUGUAUAAUUUUACGAUGUGUUUUGCCUAAUCUAUUAGAUCUGUAAAGUUGGAUAAUCAUCCUUAUGUUAGUUAAAUAGCUAUAUGCCAGAUGCAAAAAUUGAGGUUUAUGCUUACCCGAUAUAGUUCGAAAAUUUUCCCUUCUGAUUGUUGAUAUGUAAAGAGUAAUUCAAUUGGUUAGAUAUGUGAUUUAAAUUUGUUAGACCUGUUAAGUUGUAUGGUCAUCUCUGUGUCUUAUGAUAGAACUUUGACAGGUUCACAAUUGUGGGAUUCAUCGUCAAAAUUGUAUUUUGGUUUCAGCUAUUUGUUUAUUGGGCAACUUAUUUUACCUGGCUAUGUAGUUUUAAUCAUUUCUGAUUUUUGCAUGUACAUCUGUUUAUUACUUUAUUUAUACCAAGAUCAGGUCUUUCGAAAUAAAUUUAUGCAAAUGGUUGUACAUGUAAAUGGUUUUUUUGCAUGAUAUUGGCCGCUUUAUAGCUUGUUAGAGCAUCAUGAUCAUGGCAGAGCUUUUCUUUGGGCUUGUUAUCCUUGGUUUUUGAGUCAAGUUCUUUCUCACUAUGUUCAAGUGUGCUGUUUUCUUGGUUUUUAUAUUCAAUUCUAUGCACAUGUGAUCUAUUUCAUGAUAACCACGUUUUGGUGUUCUUUACAAUGCAAUGAACGAAGUGUGUUUGGAAAGGUAUGGAAGUUGGUGUCGAGGAGGUAAACUAUAUUAAUGAUAUUUGAUAUUUAAAAAACAUGAAUGGAUGCCUGUGUGUAGGCUCAGCUAGGAUUCUUUUGUGUACAAGAGAUUGGGAAUGUGACAAGCUAUGCACCUUCAAGCACAGAGUACACUAGUUCUCUGUUUGUUAAGGGCUUGGCUCGAAAUGGUUCUCCACCAAGGCGUGAAGAUGACAAAGAUGGCCAUUAUAUAUUUGAGCUUGGAGAAAAUUUAACUUCUCGCUAUAAAAUAAACAGCAAGAUGGGCGAAGGCACUUUUGGUCAGGUCUUGGAGUGCUGGGAUCGGGAAAAAGAAGAAAUGGUUGCCAUCAAAAUUGUUCGUGGAAUUAAGAAGUAUCGUGAUGCAGCUAUGAUUGAAGUGGAAGUGCUCCAACAACUUGGAAGAAAUGAUAAAGGUGGCAAUCGUUGUGUACAAAUACGGAACUGGUUUGACUAUCGUAACCAUAUUUGUAUUGUCUUUGAGAAGCUUGGACCAAGCUUAUAUGAUUUUCUACGGAAAAACAAAUACCGCUCAUUUCCCAUUGACCUUGUCCGUGAGAUUGCCGGACAACUGUUGGAAUGUAUAGCAUGUGUGUAAUAGUACUCUUCAUUCAUAAUAAACGUUUUAGAUGCAACGUCUUUAAUACUACAGAACAUCAAUGCAGAUCCAAAUUCCUUAAAAAAAACCUAUUUUCAUGCAUGAUUUGCACCUCAUCCAUACAGAUUUGAAGCCUGAGAAUAUACUACUUGUCUCCCCAGAAUACAUAAAAGUUCCUGAUUACAAGGGGUCUUCAAGGUAUCCAAAGGAUGCCUCUUACUAUAAAAGAAUCCCCAAAUCAAGCGCUAUCAAAGUAAUUGAUUUUGGCAGUACAACUUAUGAAAAAAAAGAUCAGAGCUAUAUUGUAUCCACCAGACAUUACCGUGCACCUGAAGUCAUCCUAGGACUUGGUUGGAGUUACCCAUGUGACAUAUGGAGUGUAGGUUGUAUCUUAGUGGAGCUAUGCUCGGGAGAAGCAUUGUUCCAAACGCAUGAGAAUUUGGAGCACCUUGCAAUGAUGGAGCAAGUUCUUGGACCACUGCCUCACCAUAUUUUAAAGAGGGCCGACCGACAAGCUGAGAAAUGCGUUAGAAGAGGUAGGCUCGACUGGCCAGCUGGAGCGACAUCGAGAGACAGUAUCAGAGCUGUUCUAAAGUUGCCCCGCCUUCAGAACCUAAUCAUGCAGCAUGUAGAUCAUUCGGCGGGAGAUCUUAUUCAUCUAUUACAAGGGCUUCUUAGAUAUGACCCAUCAGAUCGGUUGUCAGCUCGUGAUGCCCUCGAACAUCCUUUUUUCACCAGGGAUCAUCGUAGAAGAUCUUGAAAAUUAAGUAGACUUGGGACGUGCCAGGGAAGCUAGUGCAAUGCUUGUUAAGGUCAAGCUUUGAGUACGUUUUCCCGUGUUAAACACAAGCACGCGGGAAGUCAGAAGAAUCGAGUUGCUGGUUUCUUCUGUACAAAGUCGAAGAAGUCAGAUGAAUUGCUUUGUUGCCUGGAUGAUUUCUGUUGUAUAGCCAUUAUACAGAAGUGUAUAAUGCUUUAUUUUUUGUAUUAAGCUAUUUGUAUCUCUCUCUUGAUACCUAUGAACA